AGUCGUAGACCCCUAAUGGCCUGUGAAAUCCCACAAAUGUCUAAUCAGGGGUACGCAUACAUAUAUCUGGUGACAGUAGAGAGACAACGUAAAACAAAAGCUAAAAGGGUACAAUUAUACGGCGUAUUCGAAAUGGCUUGCAAUGAACUUUGUGGUAAAUUUCUUUGGCUCCCCCGCUCUUGUGCUCUCUCGUCCAAAAACCCCCCCUUCUAGUCCACCCAAAAACCCAGUCCCACGCUCAGCUAGCCAACUCAUCAAUUAUAUAACACCGUUGGAGCGGUAUUCAGCAUCCGCUCCCCUUCGCCCUCUCCAUUUGUGUGUGUAUGUGCUCGUUGUAGUCGUGGUUUUGGGCUCGUCAUUUUCAUGACACGAUGGGCAUGCUACCUGGAUUGGUUCUUCACCCUUUA